CGUGGCGCUGACGCGGGGCCCGGCUCGGCAGAGUGGGCGCGGGGCUCCCGGAGUCGCAGUGCGGACCCCGCUGGGGUGCACGGGACUGUGGGCGCCUCCACCUCCACUGUGCUUCACCUGCGUGGGGUCACAGUGCGCCUGGCAGCUGAGCAUGAAAAAAGCAGUGUCGCUGAUAAAUGCAAUAGAUAUAGGAAGAUUUCCACGAUUGCUCACCCGGAUUCUUCAAAAACUUCACCUGAAGGCUGAGAAUAGUUUCAGUGAAGAAGAGGAAGAAAAACUUCAAGCUGCAUUUUCUCUAGAGAAACAAGAUCUUCAUCUAGUUCUUGAAACAAUAUCAUUCAUUUUAGAACAGGCAGUAUAUCACAACGUGAAGCCAGCAGCUUUGCAGCAGCAGUUAGAGAACGUUCAUCUUAGACAAGACAAAGCAGAAGCAUUUGUCAGUGCUUGGUCUUCUCUGGGUCAAGAAACAGUUGAAAAAUUCAGGCAGAGGAUUCUUGCUCCCCAUAAGCUAGAGACAGUUGGAUGGCAGCUUAACCUUCAGAUGGCUCACUCUGCUCAAGCAAAACUAAAAUCUCCUCAAGCUGUGUUACAGCUAGAAGUGAGCAAUGAAGAUUCAAAGAACCACAAUCCACCUGAAAGUAGGAGACCUCAUGAGCAAAAACAGGCAGCAAAGUGUGAGACGUGUGGGAGAAAAGUCUGGAGAAAGUUCUUAUGGAAUUCAAUCACAAGGAGUUGUUUGAUUUCUAUAACAAGAGACCAUACAAGCACAGCUGGAUUCCCUUACAUGAUGUUCCUGAAGACUGGUUUCUCCAUCACACUCCUGCCACCUCAUUAUUUUGCUUUGAAGAUAGACUGCCAGGUUGUGUUUUCUGAAGGAUUCAGUAGUUUUCUUCUUGUAAAUUAUACGGUUUAUCACUUCUUAGACAAAUAACAGCCAAGGGAAAUCAUUGUUCUGAGAACUGAGGUUCUAAUAUACAUUCUCUAGUUCUGGGAGCCAACAGCCAGCAAUUGUUAAGAACACUUUUGCUUUAAAGGAAACAAAAGUGAAUACCGUAUUGUUUUUACUGUCCUAUUUUUGCUUUCUUGCCUAACUAGUUUAUUUUUCACCCAUGUGACUCUGUAUAUAUCAAGGAGGGUCCAUGGAUACAAGGUAUAAUGUAUACCUUAGAAUACAGAACUCUAGUAAGUACAUUAAUAAAAUUAAGAAAGCAGUCAGAUGCAGUCAAAUACAUUACAGUAUUUUUCUUUGAAUAUAAUGAGGAUAUUUUGCUUUGGAAAUAAUAUAGGAAAGAAAUUUAAAAUAAAGCUAAUAGUAGUAUAUCAGGUAAUUCCAGUGUGAGCUUCUCUUUAUUUUUAUCUCUGCUUAAUGCUUUAAUAACAAUUCUGGUUUUUGUAUGCCUUUCUUUGUACUGCAGAUUAAUAAUGGUUCAGUUCAUACUGUGGGAGACAGAUUUAGAUUAUGAAUAAAAAGAAUUGUAAUGUGUGCUAAAUGGAUAUCCUUAAAAUUUCAAAACACAUACCUUUUACAUUCUCUUUCUGUAAAUAUGUUAAUUCACUUAAGUCAAUAAAAUUUUUAUGUCUAGUUGAACUCAA